AUGCCUCUCUCCUCUGUGAGUUGUGUCUUGGUCCUGUCUUUCUCCCUGCUAUGUCCGGCCUAUGGCUGGCCACGACGGAGGCAGCUGGGCCUCCGCCCCCCUCCUGUCCGUCCCGGAGUGAGGCCGGCUGAAGAUAUGUGGUUCAAGGAGCAGAAACUGGACCACUUCUCUGACAGCGACCACCGGACCUGGUCCCAGCGCUACUUCGUCAACGACACUCUGUGGGAGCGGAAAUCGGGGCCUGUCUUCCUCAUGCUUGGCGGGGAGGGACCGGCGGAUCCCGAAUGGCUCAGUACCGACACCGAGAUCAUGAUCAAUGCGGCCAAGUUCGGAGCCUUCGUCAUCCUCCUGGAGCACAGGUUCUAUGGAGAGAGCCACCCGACACCUGACACAUCCCUCGAGAACCUGGUCUAUCUCUCCAGCUGA